UAUAUGGCAUACGGCCGGUAAAGGCGCCUUCUCAGGGUUGGCAACAGUUGACUCCACUCUUGAACUUGAUUACCUCACAGCUUAGAAUUAGGUAACUAAGUUCACCGGGUUCUUUUACCACGAUCGCCGUCGCCUCCUUCAUUCACAACAACAACCAGGAAGAUGCAGGUCUUCAAGGCUGCCCAAGGUCUACAGAUCUUCAGAAUUAUAUCUCCAACAUGCAAACCAACAGUAUCAUUGCUUAGGAAUUUACAGACAUCAAGUGCUGAACCAGAGACCCAGUUUCACGAAAUAAAAGAUACAAAUUCUGGGAAAAUUCGAAAAAUAGCCUACAAAAAGCUAAUUGGUCCCCAUCACCAAGGAAUUUUCUAUGUACCGGGGUUUAUGUCCAAUAUGGCUGGAGCUAAAUCUGCCGCACUGCACUCCUUUUGCCACGAAAAUGGUUUUCCAUAUGUCAGAUAUGAUCCUUCAGGACUGGGCAAGAGUGAAGGAAUUAAAAUGACAGAGACCACAAUGUCCUUAUGGCUUGAAGAUGCUACAGAAAUGCUUCUUAAAAUGACAGAUGGACCACAGAUUGUACUUGCAUCUUCAAUGGGCUGCUGGAUAACCUCCCUUAUAGCCAAAAAUCAUCCAGAUAAGUUUGCAGCUAUUGUCAUGUUAGCUCCGGCCUUUAACUUUGGUGAGAGGUAUGAAAAGGUUCUUAGAGGACAACUCCCUCCCAAUGCUCUGAAGAAAUUUGAAGAUGGCCAAAUUGUGAAGCUCUUUGCUCCUGAUUACGGUGAAUUUCCAUUGUCCAAGAAGGUAUUUGAGGACAUGAAGCAGUAUAACGUAACCAUGGACACGGACAAUAUUCCUAUGCCCUGUCCAGUAAGGAUUAUCCACAGCGUCAAGGACAAAGAUGUUCCACAUUUGGAAUCUCUUCCACUUCUUAAAGCUUUACAGACCACUGAUGUAGAGUUGAACUACCUCAAGUACGGGGGUCACACCCUGAGUGAUAGUGCCUGCUUAAAAGUCAUGUUUGAUACUGUUCUCAACCUAGUGUCCAGUGCCAAUUAAAUGGGAAACUAUUCUUGAAACAAGAUUGACAGCAGUACAGUCAUGUAAGAUCUUACUUAUAAUAGUAAAUAGAACUGAGGUAAGUGGGAACUGCCAGUGAGUUCAAAGGUUUAAUGUGGUUGAGGUCUAACGAGAGAAAGAAGUGAAGGGAUAAGGGAUAAUGUGUGAUAAGUGAGAGGUUCCCUAGUGGUGGGAAUAUGUAAAGGUUGUGUUGAGAAGUGUUGUUGCCUAACCGUGCUGUGGAUGAGGUGUGCCUAACAGCUCGAAUUCAUAAAUGUUUUACCCUGAUUUUUUAGCGCUGUUUCAGGUGUUGAAAAAUAAAUGCUCAAGCAAAGUGGUUGCAACUGGAAAAGUUGCAGAAAGUUGCUGCUAUAUAAAAUAUAGAAAACAAAUGGUAUAACAAUAAAAAACUGUCAGAAUAUUAAUAUUUAAGUGAGAUAACGAGGUUAAUUAAAUUAGCAGAGUUCUGAAAUUAGCUGUCACACUCAAGUCAUGAUAAUAUCUGACAGCAGUUGAUAAUUAAAAUGUAAUCAAAACGUCAUAAUUUAGCUGGAUUACCAUAUAACAACUGCCAAGAUGGUCGCUUGUUUGACCAAAAAUGAUCAAAUAUAUGGAAAGUGAGUGACAAAUCUCAAAAUAAGUAGUUGCUCAUAGUAACUUAAUAUUGUAAAUUCAAGCAAAUAAUUUAUCAGUUAAUUUGCUGAAAAGUUAGUUUCUCGUGACAAUAUGCUAAUUUUCCUAUCAUUAACUUUGGAUGAAGGCAAAUCUCUCUUAAAAUUGAUUUCUUUCAAUCGUUUAAAGUUAUAGACAGAAUAUUCCAAGUAGGCACAGUAUUCAAGAGUGGCAUUGGUGCGACGUUGAAUCAUCAUUAUUAAUGUUGAUGACAUUGAUUGAGAGCUGAAUUGGCAUUGCUCGUGGAUAUUGUGUCUAUUGGUAACACCAGACAUUAAUAAGAACAUACAGUAAGAAUGAAGGUACCUACAGAAGGCCUAUUGGCCCAUAUGAGGCAGCUCCUAUACACAGUAUAACCACCCAUAAUUAAAGUAUGGUACCACCAUUUGCAAAGAAAUGAGGUGGUGUUCUGUGCAAUUGUAUGAAGCAAGUGGAGACUUCCAAUAUAUAAUAAUCAAUAAUCUAUAAUAUACAUUAAUUUAUACCAUCACACCACAUGGUGUAAUGAUGUACAAUUAUUGUCCUACAACUUAUUAUUGUAUUCCUACAACUAAAGAAAAUCGGAAAUAAUAUAGUUUUACCCAAGAGCCAAGAAUGUUGUUCUACAAAUAAUAUAGACUUUAAUUUACUUACAAAUUUUCAGAAUCGGUUAAAAAAGUCCUGUUGUUAGUAAUAUAACUUAAUAUUCAUGGUGCAUUCACUUAUUUGAAUCAAAUAAUUGCCUCUUAAAUAACCCAUUGGUAAAGUAAGCAAAAUAAUCUUUGAAAUAUAUUAUGAAAGUAAGAUUUGCCUAAAGGAUCACGGCUUGUGCACUUAAAAUAAUGGUGUCAUAAUGUUGUAGAAAAUUUUUUCCGGAAGGGUUUAUGACUUUUUUAAUAAACAGUUUAGAAUGUACUUAAAAAAGACGAAAUAAAACUUUGUGGUACUCUUAAGUAUGAUUCUCUGCCCGAAAUGCUGUGUGUGUUAGUGGCUUUACAAAAAUGUAAAAGCAAUAAUGCUUUGUACUCUCAUAACCCCAAUGUACCUUCUUAUAUAUAAAUAAAUAUAAAUAAAUAAA